CGUAAAAUUUUCUAUUUCCAGCAAUUUAACAGAGGAACAGCUUUCAAAGCUCAAUAGUCUGAUUUUGUUUAGUGUAAAAGACAAAGACCUAUUUGGCAUGACUAGUCAAUACAUCGCUGAGUGCUACAUAACCUUUGCGGACCUCAUGGCAAAAGAAAAUGAACAAAUUCACAUCGAACUAUCUCGGGCACAAUACGCAGAAUCAGAAACCAUUCGUGCAUUGGAAUAUCGGCAGGGUGACAAACAAGCACGAGAUUUUUUAAAGAAAUUAAAAAAUAAAUUGAAUUCUAAAUAAACUAUUUAUUCUAUCAUUGCAUAGUUUUGGUAAUACUGCACGAGUUCUUGUUUAAAAUUAUUAUGUUUUUUUAAU